AUGCAGUGUCUAUCCAAGCGCGGAAUUUAUGCCAGACAACUAGGACACACCGGUGAAGCUCAGCAUUUACAAGUACAAUUUCAGCUACCUGACAAUACAGCAUCCGACCACUUUGUUGGAAAUAUCCUUGGUGCUUCACACAAGAAGCACCAAUUUACGCGAGCGAUGCUGACACCUGAUCACCUCUUCAGAUUGGACAACAACGGUGAUUUAUUCACGAAAGAUGCAUUGGAUCGUGAUGCGAUAUGUGGUUCAUUAGGAUGCUGCGAAACGGACGUUUGUCACAUUGAACUUGAGGCCUAUUUGUUUGAUUCUCGGCCAACUCCCACAGCAGUAAAUGUGAAUAUUUAUGUCGCUGACGCAAAUGACAAUGCUCCCUUAUUCCCUCACCGCCAGACGGAAUAUUCAACUAGUAACCUGGAUGAUCGGGAGGAAAACGUCUGGGAAAUUUCCAUCCCAGAGUCAGCAUCCGUCGGCAGUAGACAUACACUGCCGACUGCAACGGAUAAAGAUUCACCGCGUUUUGGUGUACAGAAUUAUCGACUAUUACCUGUUACUGAGAAAUCAAGCAACAGAAUUUCAACGACUGCAGAUACUUUUUGCUCAUUUGAGAUGAUUCUUCCACCGCGACUGGGCGCAGGACAACAAUCUGUGCAGGUGCCGGAGUUGCAGUUAGACAGACCUUUGGACAGAGAACAAAGGUCUUACUGUGAUUUUCAGUUAAUCGCUGAAGAUGCUGGCUCACCCCCUCUAACAUCGAGAAUUUUGAUCCGGGUGAAUAUAUUGGAUGCUAACGACAAUGCUCCGAUGUUUACCAACUUGUCGGCGACAGGUUCGAUCAUCACUAUCCCAGAAAGCACUGCGGUAGGGAGCAUGAUACAUAAGUUUUCCGUCCAAGAUAUCGACGAUGGGCCCAACGGGGAGGUACUGUUGUCGGUUGACUGGGCUUCAACGUACCCAGGUUUGAAUCAGAGCAUGAUACAGCGACUGAGCACAAAAUAUAACCUGAAUCCUAAAACCGGCGAACUUCGUGUGGUACAACCACUGGACUAUGAAAGUCAGCUGGAACGUCGUCUCCUCUUGGUUGUCAAGGCCUCCGAUCAAGGAUCACCAAGGCUGACAUCGACUACAACUCUUACUGUACUGGUUACGGACGUGAACGAUAACAGUCCGACGAUCGAGGUGUUCGAAGUGGGACAGACUGAUGAGAAUGCUGUGGGGUCAUCCGCUGGCAAAUCAGCUCUCCUCAUGGAAAAUGAGGCUGAGCCAAAGUUACUCAAACUUAUUUCCGUCACUGACGUGGAUAGUGUUUCUGCUGGGAAAGUUUCAUGCCAUCUGUCCAAACAACAUCAGGAUGACUUCCAGCUCACACCAUAUUCGAAUAUCAUGUACGGUUUGGUGAAUUCUCGUGCAUUCGAUUACGAACGGGAGGCUAGUCAGACAGGACAUCUGGCCGUACGGAUCGAAUGCACGGACGAUGCAGAUCCGAAAAGGUCUACACAACAGUGGAUCCAAAUCCCACUGAUGGAUACAAACGACAACUGGCCUCAGUUCAGUCGUGUAAAUUAUCAGUUUUAUGUUGCAGAAGACGUCUUGGUUGGAACGGAGGUCGGUCAUGUGGAGGCCACAGACGCGGAUUCCUCACAAAGCGGGGAACUGUUCUAUGAAUUAUCCUCAGACAAACCGGAAUUGCUUUCAUUUUUCCGGAUAAAUUCAAAAACGGGUAGUAUUUAUACCACCGCUCGAAUGGACCGUGAGUCUUUAGAUCAGCUCGAAUUCCACAUCACUGCUUCCGAUGGUGGUGACGCUCAAUCGGGCGGGACUUCAGUCUCGGACUCGCCGGAAAGGAAUAGAAAAUUGUUCAAUGUCAAAUCAAACACGACUGGAUUAACAGUUUUCAUCACAGAUGUGAAUGAUAACCCGCCGGUUUACACUGGUCCAACGGAAAUUCACAUCACCGAAGGAAUUCCGGUUGGAACGGAAAUACCCGUAUCGAUUAAAUUCAAAGACCCUGACUUGGGAAGUAAUGGAACUGUACAUAUUUCGCUUGUGCAAUCCCAUUCCCGAUAUGCUGAGCCCCUAGACGGUGUCGGUGUUGUCAAACUUCAGGAUCAACCAAUCGGGAUUAUCGAUUCGUCGAAAUUGGUCACGACCGGUGAAAUCGAUCGAGAGCACAGCGCACAGUUCAUACUAUCGAUUAUUGCAGUCGAUCAGGGAGAAAGCGUUCAGCUAACAACGACAGCGAGCAUCACAGUCCACGUGGAUGACGUGAAUGACAAUCCGCCCACGCUGAUUUAUCCAAGAAACGGUAGUUUACUUUACGGACUCAUUGGUGAAUCGGACUGGAUGAACAAACUGAGUACUAUUCCAGCUGACACAGCCCCCAACACAUUGGUUAUCACAAUUCGCGGGAAGGAUCCAGAUUCAGGUGCCAAUGGGUCCAUUACUUAUCAUCUCAUGCCAGGAACACAUUGGGCUGUUCCAGAUAAUGAAAAACAGCCCGACGAAAGGCAGAACACAGAGUACAACUCCGACCUCUUGAAUGGCUUUAAUUAUUUUUUGCUCGAUGAGACCGAGGGUCAUCUCACAACCUACUGGGGUCUUCGAGAUGAAGAUAAUGAAGCUGCAUCAAACAAUGAGGUUAAUUCAAUGACCAAUCGAUCCAGUAGUCUACUAAAGAGCAAAAGCCUUAAACAGUCAAAAUCAAAUACGCCACCUGAGCCGGGUCUGUAUGUACUCCACGUUGAGCUGCGUGACAGAGGUGUUCCCACCCUGGUCACAUCGGCCGUAUUCUAUGUGAAUAUAAGCGAAGCAGUGGGUGGUAUUUUCGGUCUGGCGUUUUUCACCAGUGCUAACAUGAGCAACACCAUAAUUCUCGUGCUUAUCAUGGUCUGCAGCUUGGCUCUCAUCAUAAGUCUGACAGCCGCAAUAUUCUGGGUACGGUUCCGCAAGGACACAACUGAACAAGCGUCAAACAACGGUCGACAGUAUUCCGGCUAUUUGGGUCCGACUGUGAUCUGCCAAGAUAGUGUUCCAAAUGGAUUCUACUAUCCCAGCUCCUAUGCACCACUUGGCAGUCCGCUCACGGUGAGAGAUUACGAUCCUAGCUACGCUAGCCAAGAUGCCACCCUGUUGUCAGAGAAACAGCGAAUGUAUAAGCACAAACUGUCUGACUGUGGCCUUGAGUGUUGUCACAAUGGAACAUUUCAACCUGGAAUGACUGUGGGCACCAUGGUGUCGCGGAGUCACGGUGAGUCCAAUCAGUUGGAGUUUGUAAUGGACAAGGGGACCGCAAUGUCCCCAGUAAGUAGCUAUCCCGAUGCUGUACACAUUCUUCCCGUUGGUUCAUGCUCUGAACUACACUUGUAUCAGACAUCUUGUCAACCUCCGAAUGGUCUGCCAGAAUGGACUGCCACAACGGACCACACGCUACUCGAUCCCAUGGUGUCAUUUUCAUCCGAGGUUAACUACCCCACGGCUGCUCACUACGAACUGUUCAAUCAUAAUCAACCGACUGGGAAUAACAACAGCUGUGGGGGAAGCGAUAGCGGGGUGGAUAGCGGUGCCGGUGUGACUGGACCCCCGGGGGUACAGGCCCUCAAUUACUCACCCAACGGUGGCAUUACAAAGUAUGGAAAACCUCCUGAUCAGCAUUUGACCCUGUCAAAGACAACUCAAAUCGCCCUGGUCUCUUGUCCUACCGGUUCGGGCACGUUGAUUUUGAGGAACAACAAUGGGGAUGUCAAUCCAAAUGUGGCCAGUUUUCUAAAACACACUCGGGUUUCGGAAAAUGUGAAUCAUCACAAAACAUACCAAGAAAAUAUCGCAGCGUCUUGACUAAGUUAGCAGUGAGUCCAAUUCAUGUUCAAGAUCAAUCGAAGAUCACCGCGCAACGGUCACAUUGAAACAAACUGUUACUGAAGAUAGCCGGUAUAACGCUAUCUCAACGUGCAAUAAACCAAUUUCCAUGUAAUGCGUUGACAUCAGACUCUAUGUUUUUGCGGAAUUCCAGUUUUUCAAUCACACCGACGAACAAUAUUGGAACCUUUAUAACUGUUGUGAGAUUAUGC